AUGGCUGGGCGAUCAUGGCUAGUAGACAAAAGCCGCAUUGCAACCAAAAUCAGGAGUGCAUCGGCUAAUUCUGACCCGCGACAAGUUGUGUACAACAGCAAUCCUUCAAGACAUUGUCCAAACUGUAAUCACGUCAUUGACAACAGCGACGUAGUUGAUGAUUGGCCAGGAUUGCCUCGAGGUGUGAAGUUCGAUCCGUCUGAUCCAGAGAUCAUAUGGCAUUUGCUUGCAAAAUCUGGUUUAUCCGAUUCAAGUUCCCACCCUUUCAUUGAUGAGUUCAUCCCUACCGUCAAUCAAGAUGAUGGAAUCUGUUACACUCAUCCUAAGAACUUACCAGGUGUUAAGCACGAUGGGACGGUGUCUCACUUCUUCCAUAGAGCAAUCAAAGCUUACAGCACAGGAACUCGAAAGCGUAGAAAGAUCCACGACGAUGAUAUCGGCGAUGUACGCUGGCAUAAGACAGGAAGAACUAAGCCUGUUGUGUUGGAUGGUGUUCAGAGAGGCUGCAAGAAAAUAAUGGUUCUCUAUGGUGGGAAAGCCGUGAAAACGAACUGGGUGAUGCACCAGUAUCACUUGGGAACAGACGAAGAUGAGAAAGAAGGUGACUACGUUGUUUCUAAGAUAUUUUAUCAGCAGCCAGCAGUCGUCAAGCAAGGUGAUAAAGGCGAACAAGAAGUCUCUGAAGAUAUCUUUGCUGCAGUGACUCCGAGACCGGAACCUGUCACUCCGAAAUUGUUUACACCUGAGCCUCGACAUGCUGUGAGACUCUGCUCUGACUCUCACUUCGCCAAUGACUAUGCUACUCCCCAUGACUAUGUAACUUCCCGUGAGGUUUCUCUUGCUCAGACAUCCGAGACAAUGUAUAUGGAAGAUGAGGUUCAGGGGAUUCAACGUAAUCAUGAAAGGCCAAGUUUCGAGGACGAGCCUGCGCCUGAGCUCGGGCUUGAAAACGGAGCAAAUGAAAUGCUGGAUGGUAAAGAAGACAGAGAGAAGGAUAUAGAAGAUGAGAACGAAAACGAUGAAGAAGACAAAGAGAAGGAUAAAGAAGAUGAAAACCAAGCUGAAGAAGAUCCGAAUUGGCCGGACAGUGGAUCUCAGUUCAUAUUGGACUCGCAACAGCUUGUGGAAGCCUUGUCUCUCUGUGAUGAUCUCUUGCAGACGGGAUCACAGGACAGAGAAGAAAACGCAAACAAUGGAGGAUUAAGGAAUAAGCAACCAUGUAUUGCAGAUUACGCUCACUUGGGAACAGAACACUUCAAACGGGAUCUGGAGGAUUGUCAGAAACUUGUUCUUGAUCCCUCCAACAUAGAUCUCGAUACUCCACCUGAGUUUCGUCUGAGCCAGCUGGAAUUUGGAUCACAGGAGAGCUUUCUCGCUUGGGGCACUGGAAAGACCGACUGA